AUCUGCAGCGACGCAUUUUCGAUGGGUUUACUAUAACAAUUUUACUGAUAGUAAAAUUUAUUGAAAAAAUUUAUUUCAACAGUCUCCGAAAUGACAAAUAUUUAUCAUUCCUUUGGUAAUUCUUGCCAUUCCCAUAAACGAGUAAUGAAGAAUGUGGCUACGUGUGACGCUUAAAUGCGAUACCUUACGCACAUCUCUAUGAUUUCGUCAAGCUUUUCUCAACUUUACAGCUAUGCCAUUAAUUACUUCGCAACAACAAAAAACACACAGUACUAAAAUGGAGUCAGUGAAAACCGUACGAAUUUUCAUGGUUGCUGUUGUGGCUAAUUUAUCAGCCUUUGCGGCGGGCACUGGCCUCGGUUGGACGUCACCAGUGGGACCCAAAUUAAAAGCUUUGGACUCUACAGAUUCGCCACUCGAUCAUCCCAUCACCACAGUGGACGAUGCUUGGAUUUCAGCCAUUUUGUUAUUGGGUGCUUUAGCAGCACCCUUCAUUGCUGGUCCACUUGCCGAUAAAAUUGGUCGCAAAUGGGCACUUCUUUCUAGUUCGAUCUUCUUCAUUAUCGGCUAUAUUCUAUUGAUGCUCGCUAGCGAAGUGUGGAUGUUGCUGGUCGGUCGUCUCGUAACGGGCUGUGGCUGUGGUUUUGUCAUGACUGUGCUACCUAUGUAUAAUGGUGAGAUUGCAAUAGAUGCGGUACGUGGCGCCAUCGGCUCCUUCUUGAAUCUUUUCGUGGUUUCUGGCAAUCUAUACGCGUACGUCAUCGGUCCAUAUGUCUCGUAUAUAACUUUGCAGUGGUGCUGUUUGGCUGUACCGAUUGCUUUCGGUAUCAUCUUCUAUUUCAUGCCUGAGAGUCCUUAUUACUAUGCCGGCAAAGGCCAGAAAGCGGAUGCUUUAAAUUCCCUGCAAUUCUUGCGUGGUCAAAGCCCUGAUAUUUUACAACAUGAAAUGGCUAUUAUACAGAGUGGAGUGGAGGAGUUCAGAGCCAAUAAGGGUUCCGUUAUGGAUAUUCUUAAGAGUAAGGGCAAUCGCAAAGCUCUGAUCAUCACCACCGGUCUAAUCAUGUUCCAGCAAUUAUGCGGUAUCAGCGCCGUACUCUUCAACAGUCAAUCCAUCUUCGAAAGUGCCAACAUCAGUGUGGAUUCAGCCAUUGCCAGCAUCAUUGUGGGUAGCGCGCAAGUUGGUUCAUCCGCUUUGACACCUUUUUUUGUCGAUCGUUUUGGUCGCAAAGUAAUUUUGCUAAUUUCGGCAUUUGGAAUGUUUGUCAGCUUGACAGGAUUGGGCGUCUUUUUCUUUGUACAACAAGUUGUGGGUGAUGCAAGUAAUUUAACCUGGUUGCCGGUACCUGCAUUGGUGCUCUUCAAUUUAGUCUACAGCAUCGGAUUCGGUGCAAUGCCAUGGACGGUGUUGAGUGAAAUGUUUCCAGCGAAUUUGAAGUCGAUCGCCUCCUCGAUUGUGGCAUCCGCGUGCGCUGUUGUUGCUUUCGUGGUAACACGUUGGUAUCCAGCGCUAAACGCUUUGGGUUCAUACUACGCAUUUGGGUUGUUUGCCAUUUUCUGCGUUGCAGCCUUCUUCUUCACCAUCUUUGUGGUGAUAGAGACCAAGGGACUGAGUCUGCAGGAAAUUCAAGACAGACUAAAUGGAAAGAAACCAAAAUGAGUUACUAAGGGGAUAUUAUCUUGGGGCGAGACAUUGACAUCCGUGUGCUGUAAGAUAGUCCAUUGUGGGGGCGUUAAUCAGUGAGUUGGAGGCCUGAAUGAAAUCGCUUCAAAAGUAUUUUUGUCGCAUAUCUAAUGUAGUAUUUAAAAUAUGUAUAGUCCGUAAACAAUUUUAGUUACAUUUUUUUAGUAAAUUUGAAGAUGAACAUUUAUAAGGGAAUAAAAUGAAAACGAUAUUAUGUUAGACAGGUAAUACUUGGGAGAAAUCCCUAGUUGUUAGGGCCUAAUCUAAGUUUCAUGUAUAAUUUGCAAUAUAAGUAAACAUAAUAACAAUAAUAACUAUAACAAUAAGCACGAAUUAAUUUAGACUAAGCUAUUAGAAGUGAGAUAAUACAAAAAAGUGGGGUAAAACUGAGAAAAUUCUAAGAGAUGUGGCUAUUAAAGGGCGACAUUGGCGCUAUAAAUAUUCUAAUUGGAGUUUGUGCAUCUCUCCUCCGUACGAAUCAUCCAGUUCUCGAAGCAGUCCGGCAAGUCUUCUUAUUCCAGCUUCAACCGUGCGCGUGCCGCCUUUGCUUUCAUUGGUUAAACGAACUGAAAUAUUGUACUUUUAAA